AUGAGCCAGCCUGUGUAUCGCCAGGUCGACGGUUAUGUCGUCAGCACCGCAUUCGUCGACGAAUUCGUCCGUGAGGCUCUCAGAUAUAAGCCACAUCCGGACGACAUCUUCAUUGUAAGCUACCCAAAGUGCGGAACAACAUGGAUACAGCACAUAGUGUACAACAUCCUCAACAGCCGGCCGCCACCGAGAGGCCUGCUCGAGCAGAGUAACGCCAUGCCAUUCCUGGAGUUGCAGGGUGCUGAGUCAGCGAGAGUCAUGCCUAGACCGGGAGCCAUUAAAACUCACAUGCCGUUUCACUUGCACCCUUAUUCCAAAGAGGCUAAGUACAUCUAUGUAACCAGAAAUCCUUACGACUGUUGCGUCUCCUACUACUACCACACCAAGGGCCUGCCAGAGUAUCGCUUUGAAGACGGCACUUUCGACGAAUUCUUCGACAUGUUCCUCGAAGGUCAUGUGGACUUUGGGGACUACUUCGAGCACGUUCUGUCCUGGUACGAGCGGAGGUUCGACCACAACGUCCUGUUUGUGACCUACGAGGAUCUAAAGAAGGACACUGCCGGAUGGAUCAUGAGGAUUGCGGACUUUAUCGGUGAAGCGUAUAGUUGUGAGCUAAGGCAUAAUAAGUGCGCGCUUUCGCAUCUCGCAAACAACACAAGUUUGAAAGCUAUGCAGCAAAGUGUGAACGAAGAUAUCCGGAAACUGCAAAAACGCAUGAAGUCCAUCUCUGAGGAUAAGAAGCCGCGCUAGAUAAAGGUGAUUGAAGCGGCAGUCGGGGAAGAAAUUAUGAACAAACCCAUAACCGUAGAUUUUGUACGGAAGGGAGUAGUGGGUGACUGGCGGAAUCAUUUCACGCCUGACCAGGUGACUCGCAUGAAAAGUACCAUUGCUGCUAAAACUGCUGGAAGCGAUGUUAUGAAUUUGUGGAACGGCAUCGGACUGCCUUGA